AUGCGGCUGCUGGUACUCGCCCUCGAGUUUGCAGCGUCCACCUUCAGCGGCAAUGGGGUGUACUGCCAGUCACAGGCGAGGAGACGGGGAGUGCGUGCCCUGCGUGGCCUGGGACACGACGUCAUGGUGGUGUCGGGGGGCCCAGAGGGCUGUGAGCCCGAGCCGGAGCACGAGCACGCCUCCCUACUGCUGCAGGCAUGGCAGGGCGUGAAUAUGCUCGGGAUCCCCCUGCCGUCCUGGGGCACGCUGGACAGCAGCUGCAGCCACCGGGAGUUUGCUGCAGGCGUGGCCGCCUCCGCCAUCCUCUCCGCCAUCCUCUCCUUCUACCCCGACGCCGUGCUGGGGGUGGACUGGCACGCCCUGCGCCCCUACCAAGCCAUGAAGGCGGCCUGGGAGGCUACCCAUGCCGCAGCACUGAGGGAUGCGCCGGGCUGCCGAGCACCCCCGCUGGUGUACAUGAACUACCGCCUGCAUGGCCGCACCGACCCGGCCUGCCAGGCCCUGGAGGUGGAGGCGCUCGGUGCCUCCGCGCUCUCCCUGCUGCUGUGCAGGGCCGAUCGCCGCGCGGCGCUGGACAUGCUGGGGACAAGCGAUGGUCUGCGCCCCGGCCCAGACCUGCGCGCGCCCGACCGCUUUGUGGAGCUCGUCGAAGAGCUGGCGCACCGUGGCGCGCUCGGCAACCUCACGCCCCUGAUCUGCGGCUCGGGCUGGGGCGGCGCCUGGGGUACGAGCCUCGCGGCGAGGCUGCUGGCGGCCGCGCCGCAGGCUGUAGUGCACACCCGCUUCCUGGGGCCGGCGGGGCUGGCGGAAAUUUUCGCCGCCACGCUGCUCAAUGUCCACCCCUGCGAGCAGGACGCCUACGGCAUGACCAUCGUGGAGGCCGCCAGCCAGGGGGCCCCCAGCCUGGUGCAGGGAGGGGGCCAGGUGGGGGCCACAGACCUACUAGACCCCGAGGCCGGAGAGGUGUUUGUCGCUGACCUGGCGCAGGGCAUCCCGGGACUGGCGGCAGAGGUGGAGCGGCUGGUGGCAGACCCCCAAGCCCUGCAGCGAGUCGGGGCAAAGGCUCGGGAGAAGGCGCGGUCCUGGGGGGAGGUGGACAAUGCCCACCAGCUCGCUACCUGGGUAGAAGCGGUGGUGCGAGUGCAGGCAGCAGCACAGGAACGAGAAUCAUCAUCGUGA